GUUAGAUUCUUGUAAAAGUAUAAUUAUACAAUUUCCACAGCUACAUUUUGAAGGCCUGUAUAUUUCUCAAUUAAAUCACAGCUAAGAAAAUGCCCAUCACCGAAUAUGUAGCCUCAUUAUCAGAUAACCCAUAUUUUGGGGCUGGUUUUGGAUUAUUUGGUAUCGGAGCUGCUGCUGCUAUGUUACGCAAAGGAUUUCAGACAUCCAUGCUUCUCUUCAGGAGGCACUGCAUGAUAACACUCGAAGUUCCGUGUAGAGAUAAAUCCUAUCAAUGGCUGUUGCAAUGGAUAACACAGAAAGGUGCAAAACAGACUCAACAUUUGAGUGUAGAAACAUCCUUCCAACAGAAAGAUACAGGCCAAAUAAAAACAAAAUAUGAUUUCAUACCUAGUGUGGGUCAGCACUUUUUCAGAUAUCGUGGCAGUUGGAUCAAAGUUGACCGGACAAGGGAACAACAGACAUUGGACUUGCACAUGGGAAUACCAUGGGAGACUGUUGUAUUGACUUCAUUUGGACGAAAUAAACAAUUAUAUUAUGAAAUUCUUGAAGAAGCACGAGCAAUGGCACUUAAACAGCAUGAAGGGAUGACGAUAAUGUAUACAGCGAUGGGAUCCGAAUGGCGUCCAUUCGGACAUCCGCGACGAAGACGCCCAUUACACAGUGUGGUUCUUCGCACUGGACUAGCGGACAAAAUAUUAGAAGACUGUUUAGAUUUUAUAAAUAGCCCUCAGUGGUACACUGAACGCGGAAUCCCAUAUCGUAGAGGUUACUUGCUGUAUGGACCUCCAGGUUGCGGCAAAUCAUCAUUUAUCAUGGCGCUAGCGGGUGAACUAGAAUACAACAUUUGCGUCCUCAAUUUGUCAGAAAGAGGCCUCACCGACGAUAGACUGAAUCACUUACUAAGUGUUGCCCCGCAGCAAUCUAUAAUCCUAUUGGAAGACAUCGAUGCUGCAUUUGUGUCUCGGGAAGACACGCCCACGCAGAAGGCUGCUUACGAUGGCCUUAACCGGGUUACAUUUAGUGGUCUUCUCAACUGCUUAGAUGGUGUGGCAUCGACAGAAGCAAGAGUAGUAUUUAUGACAACAAAUUAUUUAGAAAGAUUAGAUCCAGCUCUGAUCAGACCGGGACGAGUUGAUAUGAAAGAGUACGUUGGUUACUGCGACCAGGAGCAAGUGGAGCUAAUGUUCUUAAGAUUCUAUAAAGGCGAACGAGCAGCGGAACAUGCGCGUAUUUUUGCACAAAAGGUACUAGAAAAGAAGAGGACAGUAAGCCCAGCGCAGAUACAGGGUUACUUCAUGUUCCACAAACAUUCACCGCCAGAGGAUGUGGCGACAGAUGUAGAAACUAUAUGGACACUCGGAUAACAACGG